UAUAUUGGUUUAUAAAAUUACUUGAACAUACUGAAGUGGACAUACGUAAGUGUUGUUGUGUUGACAUUCAAAACGCCAAUAUUUUAAGAAGUUGACUAUACUAAUAUAAAGUACAAAAUAAUUAUAUUUCAUUAUAUAGGUAUCUAUUUAGUUUCGGAUUAUGGCAAAGAUAAUAGAUAUUAUAAAAAGGAAUAAACAAUUUUCGUUUUCCUUCGAGGUGACUCCCGACAUAUCGGAGGAAGAGAUAGAUAAUUUGAGAGUCGAUCCUUCUUUCUUUUCGAUCACAUGGCACGCAAAAACUCAUCAAAACAAAGAUUUAGACAUAGCUCCUUUGAAGAUAGCUAAGUUUUUAAGGAGCAAAGAGAAAGAAGUCCUACUGCAUUUAUCCUGCGAUUUUAUGAAACGGAAUUUUUUAUUUCGAGUAUUGUUACUACUUCAAGAGAUAAAUAUUCGUAAUUUAUUCAUUAUUCUGGGAGAAGGUUUUGAUCCAGAGACGUCGGAUUUUAAAGACAGUUCAGAAUUAAUAAAAUGUAUAAGAGAUCAUUCUGGGCCCUACUUUUGUAUAGGAGUUGCUGGACUGCCUGAUUGUAACGACGACAAGCUCAUAGCACUGAAACGAAAGAUAAACCUGGGCGCUGAUUUCGUUUUGACCCAAGCAUUUUUUGAAGCGAAUAUUUAUAAAACUUUCGUGCACAGAUGUAAAAAAAUUGACAUCAAUGUACCAAUUAUACCUGGUAUAUUUUACUUCGAGACUUACACACAAUUAUCGGGUUUUAUAAAUAUGUGUCAGAUCAAGGUGUCGGAUAAUAUAUUAGAAUAUGUUAAAAAUGAUCAAUCAAAUAAAAUAACUGGUGGAGAUAUUAUAAAACAAUUAAUACGCGAUAUAAAUGAUGAAAAAAUUUAUCACGUCCAUUUUUUCACUAUGAACAAGUUACGCGUUAUUUCUGAUUUUGUAAAUAAACUGUACUAAAAUACCUACAACUGUAUAUUGUAGGUAUUUUAGUAUAAUUUAUUCACAAAAUUAUUGGAUAAGUUGAUGAUCACAUAUGUAUAUCUUAUGAACACAUAUAUAUUUUAUGAAGUGUAAUUAUUUAAGAUUUAUUGCUUUAGAACUUCGAAGAUAAGGGGGGAAGGGGAGGGAAAAUGUUUUUCUCAUAUUUUCUGCAUAAAUCUCAUAUUUUCGAUCAUGACUAAAAGAGUACGCAGCAUAAAAAUAAAUAAAAAAAACAGUUUUAAAGCGCUUUCAAAAAUUAGAAUUAAGAUUUUAAAUAUUAGUAAAGUAUAUUUUAGACCCCGAUAGUCGGAUAUAGAGCGACGAGGGAGUCACCUUUAAAAUUUUCGUAAAAUUUACCAUGAUUUAUUAAAAAAAAACCUAAGAUGAUAUAUAUAGUAACCGUAUACUUAAUAUAACGUAUUACGUACUAGCAGACUAGCAAUGUAAUCACAAAAACGAGAUGAACAUUUAAUUACAUUUAUUUGCAUGAAAUGUAAAUGUGGGCUUGGAACAGUAUUGCACCAUUCACAUUCUAUCGUUACACGUUAUGUAAAUCGUAUCGAUUAUGUGUACAAUUGUAAAUCGAAACUCCAAACUUUCAAUUUUAUUUAACAAAUAAAAAUUUUAAAAGUCUAUAA